AACAUCUUCUCCGCAGCCACCUGGCAGCCAUAUUGUGGUAAAAUAGUACAGCGGGUAGCUCGUGUACAGGUAGCUUUCGACGCACGAGGCUUGUAUCCAGCAUUCAGGAGCCAUACUCUCCCCGACCAGAGUUCGAUAUUCGAGAGCGGCCAUGGAAGACCAGACUCCCCGCCGACCAGCUCCCAAACCUUCCACCUCCGCCCCAACGCAGAAAUACCUAAUAGCAUACAAUGCCGUCUGCCUCGCACUUUGGUCAACCAUCACCCUCCGCGCUCUUCUCCUCAUCCCGACGCUACUCACAGUCGGCAAACUCGAAAACCUAUUCGAAGCGCUCUUUCCGCUCCUGAAAUGGACGCAGACGAUCGCCCUUCUCGAGGUCGUCCAUGCUGUUGUCGGCCUCGUUCGAGCCAGCCCCGUCACCACCGCCAUGCAAGUGGCGUCCCGGAUACUAGUGGUCUGGGUCGUUCUCGAGAUGUUCCCUCAAAUCGUACUGACGACCAAUAUCUACGGCCGGCCUGCGCCAGGGUCGACGACCGGUCCGAUCGCGUUCGCAGGGAUCGUCAUGGCAUGGGGAAUUACGGAGAUCAUACGCUACGGGUUUUUCGUGUGGAAGGCCGCGAUCAGUGAAAGAGUGCCAGAGGCUCUGACGUGGUUGAGAUAUAACACGUUCUUUGUGCUGUAUCCGAUCGGCAUAACAAGUGAGUGUCUGCUUAUGUACCUGGCUCUGGGCCCGGCGGGAAAACAAGGAAAGAAUGUGGAUUGGUUGCUCAAGGCUGUUUUGGGGAUUUAUGUGCCCGGAAGUUAUAUCUUGUAUACGCAUAUGAUGGCGCAGAGGAGGAAGGUUCUGAAAGGGAAGUGGAAGUCUGCGUGAUGAGGGUGUUAAAAAUGGUGCAGGAGAAUUGAUGGUACCAAGCUGUUGCUCGGCGACUAUGGCAUUCCCUGUUCGGGACCUUGUUUGUGCGCACGCACCGAGUGUGGAAGGGUGACUGCGACGCGAGCAUGUAGCCGUGCUUGAGCCAGUCGCCAUCGGUGAAUCUCAGUCACUGGCAAGGCGAAGGCCGAGCGCUUCACGAGGACAUGGGAUAUGACUUGGGGAGGGAUAGGGAUAGGGGCUGUUCGCAAGUGGAUAACGAGUCACGUAGACAAAACGUACUUAAUCUGAGAGUCGGGAUUACUCGUCA